AUGAAGCAUUCGGCGGUGGUGCUGUUGCUGUUGUGUUGUAGUGUUCUCGUGCCAAACACACAUUCUGCGCCGCAACGGAGUAUUGAUUUUCUGUUGGGCGAUGAAGAACUGCAAGCAGUUGUGAAACCGAUCGAGGUAGAUUUACCUUCCACUGUCACCGAACAAGAGCAAACGGAAGCGUAUAACGAUGAUCAACGGAACGAAGUGCAAGCAACAGUAGAUCCCAUUGAAAAUGAACAGCAAACGGACGAGCCACAGCAAGUCCUAUCUGUUACUGAAGAUUAUCCUGAAGAGGAGCAGUUGACCGAAGAUCCUCAAGACGAGCUUCUGGAACCGGUCACAGAUACUCCGAAGGAAGAUGAGAAAAAUGCAACCACAACUAACGAUUCAACGUCUGCAGCUCCAAGCACAACUACGUCCGCCUCACCAAAUGAAGUAACGACGCCGGGACCAAAAGCUUCAACGCAGCCUACACCGAUCGAUUCAGUAGAAAACAAUUCUUCUGAAGAGCAACUAACGACUAACCCUAUUGUGGUGCCCGACAGUGGAGAACAGUCCACAACCGAAUCCAGCGAAGACUCGAACCAGCUCGCUCAGGAUGUGAAUGAUUUUAUCAACGAUCUGACAAAUGAAGUACGGUCGAGUGCGAGAGAUAAACCGAAGCGUCCGCCAGCAGUAGAACCCAGCCCUCCAAAAUACUCCACAGUAUUGCCCACGGCAUUGCCGGAACGAUACGAUUCAAAAUCGAUCGAAAGCAAUGAAGAUGACGACCAGGUACAGUUGAAAGUGGAUCCAAACGGUGCACAAACAACCAAUGGCCCAUCACUUACUGAGGAUCAGUUCCGCGCACUAUUUGAGAAGUUGCCCUGGAUUGGUCAACAGCGUUUCCCAGGCUACGAUCAAUGGCAACAUCAGGGUUUUCCGCAACGCUCCAGCUGGCAGCAUCGUGACGAUCGUCAACGGCACUAUCAAAGCCACGGUUCGGACAGUUUUCAAGGUCAUGGAUUUCACCGAAGCUCUUGGCAUUGACGCGUGCUCUCUGCGCUUUCUACGCUGG